GUCUGCUGGGGACUCAAGGCAGGGAUGGCUGGUUGUAGGUGUUACAGCUCCCAGCAAAGCAUUAAACAACAGCUGAUGCUUUUCUUUGGUCCUGCCAUCAUCACUGACAAAGUAAUCCCAGCAUGUCUGCCAUCCCCAAAUUAUGUGGUUGCCGACUGGACUGAAUGUUACAUCACUGGCUGGGGAGAAACCCAAGGUACCUUUGGGGCUGGCGUUCUCAAGGAAGCCCGGCUCCCCGUGAUUGAGAAUAAAGUGUGCAAUCGCUACGAGCUUCUGAAUGGAAGAGUCAGAUCCACUGAGCUCUGUGCUGGGGAUCUGGCAGGAGGCACUGACAGUUGCCAGGGUGACAGUGGAGGGCCUCUGGUUUGCUUCAAGAAAGACAAAUACAUUUUACAAGGAGUCACUUCUUGGGGUCUUGGUUGUGCACGUCCCAAUAAGCCUGCUGUCUAUGUUCGUGUUUCAAGGUAUGUUACUUGGAUUGAAAGAAUGAUGAGAAAUAAUUAAUUGGACAGGAGACAGAGUGAAGCAUCAACUCACCUAGAGGCUGGAACAUGGGUAGGGAUUCAGCAUGCUGGAAAUAAUUGACAGUAACCAAACGAAGACACUGUCCCCAGCCAGCAGCUUCGCCAGACCUCAGCAUUUUUUAUGGUACCGUGUGUAAGCUUUUCCUGUCUAACUGCUGGAUUCUGUAAUAAAGUGGCAUAGCUCUGACAUUUGUUAAAAAUAAACUCUAUACUUACUUUGAGUACAUUUUUGUUUUGGUCUUCAACAUUUUCAUGUUCUCGGUUCACCCCACCAAUUUUAAAUGGGCAGACUGAGGGGGUUUGACUGUUUUUGAUAAGAAACAGCCGCACAAAGGACUGAGAAGGCUGCGAGGUCACAGACGGGAGAGCCGAGUAUUCCUUGGAAGUCGUCCACGCAUUUGCCUCAUCAGCUAACGAGGGCUUGACACACAUUUUUACUGUCUUUACUCCUAACACUGAGAUGAACGUUUUCAAAGCUGCAACAUGUACGGGGAGCCAUGAGAACCAGUUCUGUUAUUGGAAUGAAAUCUGUUGCUGACUGUUGACUUGAGCCCAGAGGGGACCCAGAGCAGGGAGGUGUAUAUCAGGGAGUGAACCGGGCCAUGAGCGUGUAACACAAGACCAGCUGAGAGUCUGAAUGUUAUUCUGCGGCACUUGUGAAUCUAGGAAGGGUGCCAGGAGCAUGUAAAUGAACAAGCAAAUAUUGAAGGUGGACCACUUAUUUCCCAUUGCUAAUUGCCUGCCCAGUUUUUAAACAGUCUGCUGCACAUUGUCACAGGAGAAUGAACUGUGGCAGUGAUACAUGUUUAAACGGAAGAGAAAGGACAAAUGUACGUUUUUUACAAUUUAAAAUUUUAAUUGUUGCCAAAUAAACAUAUCCACUCAAAAUACAAUUUAACAGUGCAGCAGUCAUCUUACAGCAAAGAAAUGCAGAGAAGGGCAAAACUGCAAGUGACUGAAUAAAGGAUGAAUGUAGUCUCAAAUCCUCAAAGAGCCAUGUUUAUUUCGGUGACAAACAGAUCAUUUGUAUUCAAUUCUGAUGUGCUUUCAGGGCUAAGAUUCUCAUUUUACAAUUAGCACACAUGCGUAUACUGUGACCUGUUCUCCUUACAGAAAUGUUCUUCCUCAUGGUCAGUGUUUCCCUCUGGUACCAAUUUUGCCUGUUCACGUAAAGUAUUUUCUUUUUAAAACUCAGCAUGAAGAUUGGGUCUGAAAAGAUAAUGAAUAUACAAUACAAAGCAGAACACACAAGUUCCACAUUUCAAAGCUUUGAUAACAAAAAAGAAAAAUCAAAUCCCUUGUAAGUCUCCAUAAAGUCAUUUAUAAAGCUUCUGCUGAUCCUGUUAAGCAUGGAUAUAACUGACCUUUUCUUUUAAAUUAAAACGUAAGCUUUUCUCCAAGACAUGUCAAAGUGCCAAGACUGAAUGGGAGCUGUCCGUGUUUUUCACUUCUGACCACACAGGCUCCAUCGGAACUGAACCCACAAGUGUAGGAAAAAUAUCCCUUCACUGUUAAAAUCCUAAAAC